GCCCCAUUCUCCUUCUCUCUCUCUGUCUCUCUCUCUCUCUCUCUCUCUCUCUCUAAACUAGAAUUUUCUACCUCUCCCCUAGACCGCCUACAAAUAUGACAACUCUUCUCGGCUUUGCUCCCAACUUCCUUUGCCAACAAAAACCCUUUGGAUUUUUCCAUCCCAACUUUGUUUUUCUCUGAUUCUUUCUUUAAACGCAAACAAACUAGCUUCAAAAACAGAAGACGCAGUAAAAAAAAAAAAAUUCAAGAACUGUUUGUAUCCUUACUCGAGCCUUGCUCAUAUUAAAGGGCAAUCUAGAUUUCAACAAUAGAUAUCUCCAUAUCCAUGGGAGAAGCACCAGUUUUUUUUCUUGAUGACCUUAAGAAGGAAUUCCCAAAUGGGGUUGAUCUAAAAUCCAACGGCUGUGAGACGGCGACCAUUGUUGUGGGCAACAAAACAUAUUUGAUUGGUGGAAACUCUACCGAGUCAGCAUUGUCCAUUGGGGUUCAGAUAUUUGACCAAUCGAGCGGAGAAUGGGUAUACCCUACUGUGUUGGGGACAGUGCCUAAAUCAGGAAAAGGCUUUUCAGCUGUGCUUUUGAAUGAAGACCGGAUAUUGGUUCUCAAGAAAGGUUCAACCCCAGAUGAUUUUGCGUGGGUUCUUGAGGUGGAUACCCAAUAUGUGAGGCAGCAGAAAAAGAUUUUGGGGACUGAGGUCGUUGCUUGGAGUAAGGGAGUUAGGGGUAAUGUUAAGAAGCCAGUUGUUAUUAGUGGUCCUUCUGGGGUGGGUAAGGGCACAUUGAUAUCUAUGCUCAUGAAGGAGUUCCCAUCCAUGUUCGGUUUCUCUGUGAGCCACACAACCCGUGCUCUGAGGGGCGUGGAGAAAGAUGGGGUACACUACCAUUUUACAGAGAAGAGUGUGAUGGAGAAAGAGAUCAAAGAUGGAAAAUUCCUCGAGUUUGCCUCCGUCCAUGGGAAUCUCUAUGGGACUAGUGUUGAAGCUGUUGAAGUGGUAGCAGAUGAUGGGAAGAGAUGCAUUCUUGACAUUGAUGUUCAAGGGGCGAGGUCGGUUAGGGCUAGUUCUCUUGAAGCUAUAUUUAUUUUUGUAUGUCCACCUUCAAUGGAAGAGCUAGAGAAGCGCCUUCGUGCUAGGGGAACGGAAACUGAGGAACAAGUCGAAAAGCGACUCAGCAAUGCUAAGGCGGAGAUUGAGCAAGGGCAAUCUUCUGGCGUCUUUGAUCACACCUUGUAUAAUGAUGAUCUCGAGGAAUGUUACAAAAGUCUGAAGAAAAUCUUGGGGCUUGAUGAAAGUACCGAUGCUGCCACUGAAACAGUGACUAAAUGGGUUGAUUUACCUGCGGAUCAUUCAAUAUCGAAAAUUGAUCAGAAAAUCAUCAUAAGUUGCAGAACGCCUGAAUUGGAGAAAGGGUCAAAGGACUCGAUUGUCUUGGACGCGUCAUCGCUGAAAGGCGGUGCUCCGGGACGGACAAGAGGGCUUGAAGUCUAUACCAUGAAUCCAUUUUUGGAUGGUCUUAAUGGGAUCAAUGAGCUUAGCUGACAAUUACAUCUUGCGGAGGGACUAACUUUAAUUCCUUAAUUUGAAUUCUUCAUCCACUUUGUUAGUUGAUUAAAAAGAAAAAAGAAAAAAAAGAAGGGAAUCAGUGAUGAAGCUCAUAGUUAGAUCAUCAUCACACUUUUUUCCCCUCCUUUACAUUCUUUUCUAUCUUUACAACAUUACUAUUGUCCACAUGGGCAUGAGGGAUGAUUUAUUAUUUGCAAGGAAAUAGAAACAAGAUGAAAUUUGAA